UCAUUUCCCGGCAAGACUAGUUGUCAGUACUAAGUCUGAUAAAACUCUCCGAAAAACCCUAAUUCACCCUUAUACCUCAACCACUUCCACCACAACCUGCACCCAAAAACCACCCACUCCCCCCUCUCUCUCCUUCCACCUCUUUCUAAAAUUGAACAAAAUCCCGUUUCUGAAUUACCCACAUGUAAAAUUUUAUUUAUUUUGCUUCUCAAAUUUAGUUCUCUGUCAGAUUCAAUCAAAACCCAUCUCUUGAAAUUAACUCCUUUGUUAAAAGUUUCAAUCUUUUCAAUUUUCACCAUUGAAGUUCGCUCCUUUUUCUUCCAGUUUUAACAAUUUUCUACUUCUUCAAAUUCAAUCAAAACCCAUCUCUUAAAACUAAACAGUUGUCAGAAACUUUCUAUUUUGGCCUCCAAAUUCUUCCCUUUUUUCUCCCUAUCUUAUUCUCGUUCUCUAACUAGAAAACUCAUAUUACAAUUUGAGAAUUAGCCUAGAAAUUUUCAACUUCCUAUACAUUAGUUGAUUUUUUGUGUUUUGGUUUUUUUGGUUGUUGUUGCUUCAAUGGCAGAGGAUAGGAAUGGGGAUCGAAGUGAAGAGAGUGAUUACACAUCAGAAGAUGAGGGAACGGAGGAUUAUAGGAGAGGAGGGUACCAUGCUGUGAGAAUCGGUGAUACAUUCAAGAAUGGGAGGUAUGUGGUGCAAAGCAAGCUUGGUUGGGGUCAUUUCUCUACGGUUUGGCUCGCUUGGGACACUCAGGGAUCGCGUUAUGUAGCUUUGAAAGUUCAAAAGAGCGCUCAACACUACACCGAGGCAGCCAUGGAUGAGAUAAAGAUCCUUAAACAGAUUGCCGAGGGAGACCCUGAUGAUAAAAAGUGUGUUGUCAAGCUUUUGGAUCAUUUCAAGCAUUCAGGGCCUAAUGGACAGCACGUUUGUAUGGUUUUUGAGUACUUGGGAGAUAACCUCUUGACCCUUAUUAAGUACAGUGAUUACCGAGGGGUUCCUCUACACAUGGCAAAAGAGAUAUGCUUUCAUAUAUUAGUGGGUUUGGAUUACUUGCAUCGCCAACUCUCAAUCAUCCACACUGAUUUGAAGCCAGAAAAUGUCCUGCUUUUGUCAAUGAUUGAUACAUCAAAAGAUCACAGGAAAUCAGGUGCUCCUCUUAUCCUUCCAACCAGCAAGAACAAAAUCGUGGCUGAAUCUAGUUCUUCCAAAGAAAUCAAGAGUUUGAAUGGGGAUUUGACAAGGAACCAAAAAAAGAAAAUUCGAAAGAAGGCUAAGAAGGCAGCUCAAAGUUGUGCGCAGAAAGAAGCUUCCUCGGAAAACGAUGCUGAUCCCCAACCAACUAGUCCUGAAGAUUCUAAUGUUGAUGCAAAAUCAAAUGAAGAUUCUGUCGAUGAACAAUCAAAUGGUUCUGUGAUUAAAGAUGAUUCAGCAAACACUGAUGGGCAGAAGGAUGCUUGCCAAGCAAAACGCAGCAGAAGGGGGAGCCGCUCUACAAGGCAAAAGCUAUUGGCUGCUGCUGAUCUAAAGUGUAAAUUGGUAGAUUUUGGAAAUGCUUGUUGGACAUACAAACAGUUUACAAGUGAUGUUCAGACAAGACAGUAUAGAUGUCCAGAGGUUCUUCUGGGAUCUAAAUACUCCACUCCAGUAGAUCUUUGGUCCUUUGCUUGCAUUUGUUUCGAGCUUGCCACUGGCGAUGUCCUUUUUGAUCCUCACAGUGGUGACAACUAUGAUAGAGACGAGGAUCACUUGGCAUUGAUGAUGGAACUCCUUGGCGUGAUGCCGCGCAAGGUUGCAUUAGGUGGUCGCAAUUCUCGGGAUUUCUUCAAUAGAUAUGGAGAUUUGAGGCAUAUUCGUAGGUUGCGUUUUUGGCCUCUCACAAAGGUGCUUAUGGAGAAGUACGAUUUCAGCGAGCAAGAUGCUAAUGACUUGAAUAACUUCCUUGUUCCCUUACUUGAUUUUGUGCCUGAAAAGAGACCGACAGCGGCUCAAUGCCUAAAUCAUCCAUGGAUCACUGCUGGUCCUCGUCUGCUUGAGCCUUCCAUGCCAAGUUUCAAGCACGAGACAAAAGAUGGGAAUAUAUCUGAAACCGAGAAGGAUGACAGGGAGGCUAUGGAAGCUGGAAUAGGAAAUAUAGUCAUUGACGGAGCUUCAAAAAAAUCCAAAAAACUGCAACCUAUGGAAAAUCCUUUGAAAUACACAUGAUAUAAUUUCCAGGUGGUGUUUAACACCAGACUUUUCACUUGUACCUUUUCCAAAAAUGGCUUCAAUCUUCUAUGAGGAACCUCAGCUUCCCAAAUUCAUUUGAGAUCCAUCCAUAUCUUGCUGUGGAAUGUGAUUUAGGAAUCAUCAAGUCAAUAGUGUGGAUGAUUUGUGAGUUGAAUGGUUCUAGUUUUGUAGAAGAGGCUCACACAGGUGUUCCAACUAAGAAAUAUGCCUCCCUCUGUAUCCUCUGUAUUUGACCCUGUUUUGAUAUAUCUUUGUACAGUGUACAAGCAUCGAUUCAAGGGUUCAUCAUGUAUCAGGCUUCUAGAUUAGAUGUGUUAUUUUGAGACA